GACUCUCCUUCAUGCCUCCCGACGUCCCCCGGGCCGCUUUGGUUUAGGUGGGUUUGAGAAAGAAUUUGGACUCGAAGCUGCCCUCUCAGCCCCAGCGCCAGAGCCCCCAAACUCCAGGGUGGGAAAGGGGAGUCCCAGCCCUGCUCCCCCUCUCCCCCAGUCCCCGCGGCGGGUGAGUCACCCGAGCGCUCCCUACAUAGUCCUCUGGCGCUGCGGCGCGUACCAAGGCGCGGACGCAGGGGGAGGCAUCUGGCGCGGCGAACUCCUGGAGCCGUGGCGCCCGCUCGGCCGUGGCCGUGGAAGAGGCGCCGGAAGGCUGCGGGCGCGGGGCUCUGGGGCGGGGGCGGCGCGGACGGCGCGGGCGCGCGGGGCUGGGUCCCGGGGCGCUGCUGGGGCGGACUCCCCCGCGUCGAACUUGGUACGCGCCAGCGAGAGGCCAGGCCCAGCCCGGGCGGUACAAUAGGGUUGGACCGAGGCCGGGACUGGGCCGGCGCCGGGCAGGGAACGGGAUCGCGGCCGCAGCCGAGAGACCGUGGGCAACCGGCACCUCUGAGCCUCGCGGGCCACCUGCCUCGACCUUCCCCGGAGCGCCCCUGCCUCCGAGUUGUUGCUUGCCGGGCCGGGCGUGAUGCGCCGCGGGACCCCUGUCCUGGCCGCUGGCCGCCGCCGCCGCCCCCGCUGAGACCCCGAGACCCCCAGUGACGCCGCAGCCAUGGAGAGCGGCCCGCGUGCGGAGCUGGGGGCGGGCGCACCCCCAGUUGUGGUCGCCAGGACCCCCCCAGAGCCAAGACCUUCUCCAGAAGGUGACCCUUCCCCCCCACCACCACCGAUGUCAGCCGUGGUCCCUGACACUCCCCCGGACACCCCACCUGCCAUGAAGAAUGCCACUAGCUCUAAGCAGCUCCCACUGGAACCAGAGAGCCUCUCAGGGCAGGUCGGGCCUAGGCCAGCCCCCCUGCAGGAAGAGUCCCCUUCCUCUGAAGCAAAGAGCAGAGGACCCACCCCACCAGCCACGGGCCCACGGGAUGCCAGACCUCCUCGAAGGAGCAGUCAGCCAUCUCCAACAGCAGUGCCAGCCUCCGACAGCCCUCCCACCAAGCAAGAGGUGAAGAAGGCAGGAGAGAGACACAAGCUGGCAAAGGAGCGGCGAGAAGAGCGGGCCAAGUACCUGGCGGCCAAGAAGGCAGUGUGGCUGGAGAAGGAGGAGAAGGCCAAGGCGCUGCGGGAGAAGCAGCUCCAGGAGCGCCGGCGCCGGCUGGAGGAGCAACGUCUUAAAGCCGAGCAACGUCGUGCAGCCCUGGAGGAACGGCAGCGGCAGAAGCUUGAGAAAAACAAGGAGCGCUAUGAAGCAGCCAUCCAACGGUCAGUGAAGAAGACGUGGGCUGAAAUCCGGCAGCAGCGCUGGUCCUGGGCAGGGGCCCUGCACCACAGCUCUCCAGGACAUAAGACCAGUGGGAGCAGGUGCUCCGUGUCGGCAGUUAACCUGCCCAAACACGUGGACUCUAUAAUCAACAAGCGGCUCUCAAAGUCCUCUGCCACGCUCUGGAACUCCCCCAGUAGAAGAUGUUGCCCUGGGAAGUGUCUGGUUGCCUGGGUCUGCAGUGGAAGUCCAGAUCGUAGGGAGGACAAGUGUGGCCCCGGUGUGACUGUGGGGAGAGGCCUCCCGGAUCGCAGCCUGCAGCUGAGCGCAUGGGAGAGCAGCAUCGUGGAUCGUCUGAUGACGCCCACCCUCUCCUUCCUUGCUCGGAGUCGCAGUGCGGUCACACUGCCCCGCAACGGCCGGGACCAGGGUAGGGGCUGCGACCCUGGGAGAGGCCCUACGUGGGGCCGGGCAGGGGCCAGCCUGGCGCGCGGGCCGCAACCCGACCGCACUCAUCCCUCUGCAGCCGUGCCGGUGUGCCCGCGCUCGGCCUCCGCCAGCCCUCUGACGCCGUGCAGCGCCCCCCGAAGCGUGCACCGCUGCGCCCCCGCCGGUGAGCGCGGGGAGCGCCGCAAGCCCAGCGCCGGGGGCAGCCCCGCUCCGGUGCGCCGCCGGCCGGAGGCCUCGCCGGUGCAGAAAAAGGAGAAGAAGGACAAGGAGCGGGAAAACGAGAAGGAGAAGAGUGCCCUAGCCCGGGAGCGCAGCCUCAAGAAGCGCCAGUCGCUGCCCGCCUCACCGCGCACCCGCCUCUCCGCCAGCGCCGCCUCUGAGCUCAGCCCCAAAUCCAAGGCCCGGCCAUCCUCUCCCUCCACAUCCUGGCACAGGCCUGCCUCCCCCUGCCCCAGCCCAGGGCCAGGCCACACUCUGCCUCCAAAGCCACCGUCCCCGCGAGGCACCACUGCAUCCCCCAAAGGGCGGGUUCGGAGGAAGGAGGAGGCAAAGGAGAGCCCCAGCGCCGCAGGGCCCGAGGACAAGAGCCAGAGCAAGUUCAGGGCCAGUGACGAGAAGGAGCCAGCAGCCCCAGCCUCACCGGCACCUUCUCCGGCGCCCUCGCCCACCCCAUCCCCGCCCCAGAAGGAGCAGCCCCCCGCGGAGACCCCUGCAGACGCUGCUGUCUUGACCUCACCCCCAGCCCCUGCUCCCCCGGUGACCCCUAGCAAACCAAUGGCCGGCACCACAGACCGAGAAGAAGCCACUCGGCUCCUGGCUGAGAAGCGGCGCCAGGCCCGGGAGCAGCGGGAGCGCGAGGAGCAGGAGCGGAGGCUGCAGGCAGAAAGAGACAAGCGAAUGCGAGAGGAGCAGCUGGCGCGGGAGGCCGAGGCCCGGGCGGAGCGGGAGGCGGAGGCCCGGAGACGGGAGGAGCAGGAGGCACGAGAGAAGGCGCAGGCCGAGCAGGAGGAGCAGGAGCGGCUGCAGAAGCAGAAAGAGGAGGCCGAAGCUCGGUCGCGGGAAGAGGCGGAGCGGCAGCGUCUGGAGCGGGAAAAGCACUUCCAGCAGCAGGAGCAGGAGCGGCAAGAGCGCAGAAAGCGUCUGGAGGAGAUCAUGAAGAGGACUCGGAAGUCAGAAGUUUCUGAAACCAAGCAGAAGCAAGACAGCAAGGAGGCCAACGCCAACGGUUCCAGCCCAGAACCUGUGAAAGCUGUGGAGGCUCGGCCCCCAGGGCUGCAGAAGGAGGCUGUGCAGAAAGAGGAGCCCACCCCACAGGAGCCUCAGUGGAGUCUCCCAAGCAAGGAGUUGCCAGGGUCCCUGGUGAAUGGCCUGCAGCCUCUCCCAGCACACCAGGAGAAUGGCUUCUCCCCCAAGGGACCUUCUGGGGACAAGAGUCUGAGCCGAACACCAGAGGCACUCCUGCCCUUUGCAGAGGCAGAAGCCUUCCUCAAGAAAGCUGUGGUGCAGUCCCCGCAGGUCACAGAAGUCCUUUAAGAGGGUUUGCCUUGGAUCCGGGCACAGCUGUGAGGGCUCCUCUGCAUCACCUACCAGGAUGUCUGGAGGAGAAAAAGACAGAGCAAAGAUGGAAGUGGCCUGGGCCCCUGGGGGUGGGUCCUCUCUGUUGUUUUUAAUCUGCACCUUAUAGACUGAUGUCUCUUUGGCUGGAGCCAGAUCUGCCCCUCAGUGCAUUUGUGUGCUCACACGCGCAGACAUCCCCUCUCCCCCAUACACACACAUACACUCACAGCCUCUCUGGCCUCUUCCCUUGGGGAGGGGCCACCUGUAGUAUUUGCCUUGGUUUGGUGGGGUACAGUGGAUGUGAAUACUGUAAAUAGCUUGUGCUCAGACUCCUCUGCGUGGAGAGGGUGGGUGCAGGAGGCAGACCCUCCCCGCAAAGCCCCCUGGGGAGAUCUUCCUCUCUCUAUUUAACUAUAAUUGAGGGGGAUCCCAGGUCUGGGGAUGGGGGACACCUUGGGCCACAGGAUACUGGUUGCUUCAGGGGUACCCAUGCCCCCUGCCCUUGCCUGGAAUCAGUGUUACUGCAUCUGAUUAAAUGUCUCCAGAAAUAAAAUGAGAAUAAUUCUGCCAAU